CCAAAUUUGUCACUUGUCACCCGGUGUGAUUCGUUGAAGGUUAAACGCAUCUCUCUGGCAAAGCAAAAAUUUUUUUAACAUUACGAAUGUCCAUUUGUGAUUUUUUAUGCAAUUUGUACUUUAUUUGUUCAUAUUCGUUCGUAUUUAGAUAAAAAACUAUUACAUGAAAAUGUUUAAAUCCAAGUUGGAAGUUGAUCGCCACGUUAGUAACUGUUUAAAGAAAAUUAAUAAUGAAACUGAGAGAAAUUUAAGAUGUUUUUCUUUCGGAAAACUGUAUUUCAAUGUUGGAGACUAUGAUCAGGCGUACAGAUAUGUGACUUCUUAUCUAGCCGUUAAACCAAAAUCAUCGGAAGGUUAUUUACUACUCGGAAAGUCUUUGGAAAAGUUAGGAAAGUUGGAUGCUGCAUUAGAAGCUUACCGGAACAGCUUACAAAUAGAUCCAAAGCAAAAUAAUGUUGUGAUUAAAGUUUGUGAAUUACUGUCGUCUGACAACGUCGAUUUGGACUUAUCCGGAGCCAGAUAUUUUUGCGAUCUGGCGCAAACGUUCGAUCCGAACAAUCCCGCCGUAUACGGACUGAAAGAAAAAUUGAUAACCAAACAAAACGAGAAUCCAAUGAAAAUAACAGAGCUUCUAUUACAAGAAUUAGAAAUUCGACCGUCCGAUGUCAAUUUGCGAAUACGUUUGCUCAAACACUUCAUCCAGAACAACAUGGUGUUAGAGGCCUACAAGCACGCCUCGGCCAUCGAAGACAAACACAUCGCGGCUUUCAGCAAAAAUUUGAGCUGGUACGAAAAUUUCUCUGACAUAUUACUUCGAUUCCAAAAGGAAUCUGCCGCAUCGGUAAAUAAUUGGGAAUUUUGGCUGUUAUCAGUGUCCGUAUUGGAGCGUUUGGUCGCAUUGAGCUUGGAAGAGUAUCACAAUACCAUUAAAUGUACUACAACGGAAUACGUGACGUCUGUUUUUAAUUUCGAUCAGAUUCUAUACAAAGCGCAUCAGAGUUCUAACAACUUUAUCGCAGACAGAAAUUUGAUUUCGAUAUUCUUCAAGCACUAUCACGCUCAAUUGCACUUCCAUUACGCCACUCUGAUUUAUAAGCAAGCCAAAAGGGACAAUAUCGAGUUUAAAGAAGCUUCGAAUUUCGUUUUGCCAGUUUUAUUCACGGCUUACCAUUCAAAUCCUCCCGAUCUGAACAGCUAUUGGUUCAUUCAGUCCUCCGAUAAUAUAAAAAGAUUGAUAAAUCGCUGGUAUGAGACAGCGUGUUAUAGAAAUUCCCAAAUGGGACAUAUUAUUCUAACCUCUGCAAAAGAUAGAAAGAGUUUGUUGUUAGACAAAGCCGCUCAAUACUCUUCCGGUAACUGGAGGGAAAAUCUGUACAAGAAACUGUUCAUCAGAAGAGAACAACAGUUGAAAUUAUCGUCCAGUUUUUUUGUAACGAAUAGUAUGGCAAUAGAACCGAUUAUUAAACUACCCAAUGCUGAAGACGUAUCGAAAUUUGACGAAAUCGCUUUGCUGAUUCAUCCGGAUGUUCUACAUCAUUACAUCUGGAUAGCUUCGAGCACCAACAUUCCGGAUAUGAGCAUUAAAACAUUCGAAGGCCUUCAAUAUUCCACUACGAAUAUAACGAACUGCGCAGCUGAAUCAUUGAAUCUUUUAGACAUCUACGCUUUUAUUUGCUGUGCAACUCUUUGCACGUCGGCACAACAGCGUAAAGAUAGCAAAAAAAUACCCGCCUCCAUAACGGAAAAUCUGGCUACGAUAAACCAAUCGAAAUUUUUGGAAUCCGCUUAUAAAAUGUACAAGAACGAUCAGAGUAGCAAUUCGAGCGAUUUGAGAGUAGUGCUGAUCAAAGGCAUCGAAGUCGUCAGAUGCAUCGGUCAUCACGGUUUAGACGUUAAACUACUGGUUAUCCUUGCGAAUAUCUUCGAAGAACGUGCCAAGAAGCUCUCGCAACAGUCUGAGAUUGAAUUUACUUUGGCUAGGGCGGAAUUGUAUUGGAAAGCCGCCGUACCGUUGUUGGAAAAAGUUAUCAAUAAGGAAGCCAUCAUGUAUUCGAAUAACAGAAUGUUUGAAUACAAAUCGAGUAAACUGACCGUCAACGAAGCUGAAUCACAUUUAGAUAAGGGCAAGCUGUUUUUAGCAACGCAAUUGUACAAAAAGAAAGAUUUCGAAAAGGCUUUGACGCUAUUUAACAAAUUGAAAGACCCGUUCGCUAGCUAUUACCAAUACGAGAUAUACAAACACAUCGCUGAUCAGAAAAAGCGGGAUAAUAAAGAAAAUAUCUCUUCUGACAUCGUCAACGAAUACAAGAUGCUGCUAACCAAAGCCAGAGAUUGUUUGUACUUAACGUUAGACCGUCUUAGAGAACCAAAUUACGAUUUGAGCCAUCCUUUGAACUCGAAAUUAAGUACCGAAAUAGGAAAAGUAGAACGACUGCUUUCCGGUAUAGAAUCCGAUGGAAUAAAUUUCAAUAACUCUGAUUCGUCCGAAGAGAACAACCGUUCUAUAGACACCAGCAUCGGAGAGCACUAUCUAUCCGCUUUCACCAGUAAUUUAACUUUAAACACUUCGAAACAACCGGACGCCAUCAUAAAUACGUCGCAUUCGACGCCUUUGAGAUUCAAUGUAACGCGACAAGAAGUCCGUCCCAGUCCCGAAAGAUUGGACGCCCAAAUUCGUCAGAUAAUGACCUCUAGGGAUGCGAGUUUUUCGCUGGUGUCCGAGCAAAACAGGGCCAUCGCGGACGCGCAGAAAAAUCUGAUGGAGAAGCUAAAUUUCGUUAUCGACGAUUUGAAGAUUAUCAAAACGGAUAUAGAGAAUUUGAAGGAGGUGACCAAGUCCGUGAACGAAAUUAAAAAUACCACAGAAGAUUUUCAGAACAUGAUGGACGUUAUACAGGAUAUAAGAAAAGAUCUUAAUGAAGUAAAGAAGAAUGAUAAUAAAAACAAUCAACUCAGUGAAGAAGAUUUAUAUGUACUGGAUCCCGAUUACGGCGUGGACUAUAAUAUCGCGGCAAGCAUUCCCGCCAAUAUUCCCGGAACUUAUCCCAAUUAUCCGGCGGGCAGAAUACCAAAUCCGACUCACUUACCAGCCUACGGCCCGUCUUUAAUGUACCCGGGAUUGUAUCCGGGUUUACCGUACACGUAUGGAGGACUCAAUUUUGCACAACCAGGAUCUAUACCGUUUUUGUCGGACCAACAAGCCCCAGGAGUGGUACCAUCAACAUCUUUACCGGCGGCUCUCAUUCAGCAACCGCCCAACACUAAAUUCGGUUUGGACAUAAGAAAACCUCAAUUACCCUCCCAAAGCAUCGUUCAAAGCAGUCAGCCCGCCAAGGAAGAUAUGGCAGCCGUUUCUUCGGCUCUGAAUCUGAAUAAUCCGAUUAAACUUCCGAUUGUCGCCACCUCGUCGCCAUUGAUAGUACCGUCGUUCGGGAAAUCCCCGCCCGUGAACGUCGUGAUAACGACUUCGGACCCGUUGCCUUCUAAAAACUCGGUAAUAUCUCAACCGGUGUUGUCGGUGACGAUCCCACCCCAACACGUCAAGAGCAAUUUCUCCAAAGUCGGUUCUGCUAGCGCCACUACUGUUUCGUCGAACGUAACAGGGUCUCUGUUUGUCCCUUCCGCCAAACCGACGGACUUUUCUACUUCCGUUCAGAAUAAGGAUAAAAUCGGCGCUAAUAUCAGUACAACCUCUAUAAAUUCUUUGGAGGAUGAACCGAAUGUAGAUUUUAAACCAGUAAUCCCGCUACCAGAUGAAGUUCCUGUCGUGACCGGUGAAGAAAACGAAACUGAACUAUUUUGCGCUCGUGCUAAGUUGUUCAGACACGUCAACGUUAACGGGAAUAAAGAAUGGAAGGAAAGAGGCGUGGGCAAUUUAAAAAUUCUGAAAAACAAAGAAAACGGUAAAUGCCGCAUCCUGAUGCGCCGCGAUCAAGUUUUGAAAAUAUGCGCCAACCAUGUCAUCCAAAAAGAAAUGACCUUAAUACCUUCUCAAAACAACGAUAAAGCCUUCACGUGGAUAGCCCAAGACUUCUCCGAAGGCGAAAUCCAAAUCGAAACGUUUUGUGUGAAAUUCAAAACGGCCGAGGAGGCCCAAAAGUUCUCAGACACCGUCAAAUCCGUCAAAAUGUCGUCGGAGGACCAACAAAAACCGAAAUCGGUGUUCGAGAAACCGGCUCAGAAUCUUUUCCAAUCGACUAGUUCGACUUCUUUGGGAGGAUUCGUUUUUACCGGCACUCCUACGUUUAAACCGAAAGAAAUAGCGCCGCCAUUAAUCGUGACGCCGGAGAAACCUAAAGAAAUUGUUGUGACUACUACUAGCACUAUUAAUAGUCCGUUUGCGACGUUCGUUUUCGGAAAAAGCGGUUUCAAAAAGGACGAGGACAGUAAAACUUUUUCGCCUCUGGUGAUCGCUCAAGAGAAGAAGCCCGACGACGCUGAUAAGGAUUUGUCACCUGUCGACGAAUUCGUACCCACGGCCGAAUUCAAGCCUGUGGUACCUCUACCCGAACUCGUGGAGGUCAAAACCGGCGAGGAAAAUUGCCAGGUACUGUUCGAAGCUCGAACGAAAUUAUUCAGGUACGAUUCCAACGGAGAGACCAAAGAAUGGAAGGAACGAGGCGUCGGCACCAUCAAGAUAUUAAAAGACGACUUUUUGAGGCUGAUAAUGCGCCGGGAUCAGGUGCACAAAGUGUGCUGCAAUCAUCGCGUACUCAAAGAUAUGAUUUUCAAACCGAAUUCCGGUAAUCCCAAAGCGAUCGUGUGGCGAGCUCAAGAUUUCUCCGAAGAAGAAUUAGUACCGGAAACAUUUACGGCCCGAUUCAAAACCGAAGAAUUAGCGAGUUUAUUUUUGCGAACGUUACAAAACAUGCAGAAACUAAUGGACGACAAUAACUCGUUCGCCAUCGGUAAAACUAAAAAGACGACCAAGGAGGUUAAGAAAGCGGAUGUGGGAUUCGGAGAUACCUUCAAAGCCAAAGCGGGAUCGUGGGAGUGCGAGAUAUGCUUAAUCAGAAACGACGGCGAUGCCCAGAGUUGCAUGGCUUGCGAUACGCCGAAAGAUGGCGUCGCUGCCGUUGCGCCUAAACCGGCGACUAACUUCGCGUUUAACUGGAAUGUCGGCGAUAAAUCCGCCGGGGAUGCGAAGAAGGUGGACGCUGGAUUCGGGGAUGCUUUUAAAGUGAAGGCUGGUUCGUGGGAGUGCAAGACGUGUUUGAUCAGGAACGACGGCGCGGCUCAGGACUGCGUGGCCUGCGAUACGCCCAGAGAUGGUAGCGUCAAGCAGAACGUCGCCAGUUUGAAUAAACCUUUGAGCACAAUUGAAAACAAAUGGAGUUUUGGAAUUCCUAGUGCUGCUGUAACAACAACAACAACUCCAACUAUAAAUUUAACUCAAACACCUGUCAUUAGUAACACCAAUAUCAAACCAUCAUUUACGACGCCUACGAGCUUCUUCUUUGGAUCUAAUCAAAUGAGCGGAUCGAAAAUCACCAGCUCUACUCUAGAAAACGUAGUACCACAAGAAAAACCAAGCGAACCAAAAUGGAUUUUCGGAAAGCCCAGCACGCCUUUAGUCGCGUUCAACACGUCCAAUCUAGAAGAACCGAAAACUCCGGAAAACGCUAAACCGGAUGCCGGCAAUGUUUCUGCAGGUUUUGUGUUCGGUUCCAAUCAAAAGGAGGGUUUCGAAUUUAAACAGAGAACGCCGAGAAGAAUCAGCGGUGGACCAGGAAACGAGGAAUCUGAUGGUAGUUACGUCGAAGAAGAGGAAGAUAAUAUUUAUUUCAAACCCAUAAUCCCGUUGCCGGAUAUAGUUCAAGUUAAGACCGGCGAAGAAGAGGAGGAUCUUGUGUUUAGCCAAAGAUCCAAAUUGUUCAGAUUCGUGAACGGAGAGUGGAAGGAGAGAGGACUUGGAGAUGUUAAAAUUUUGAGAAACAAAGAAACCAAUAAGUUGCGCGUCCUAAUGCGAAGAGAACAAGUACUGAAAAUUUGUUUGAAUCAUAUGCUAAGCAAAGAAAUUGAAUACGUCCGUAAGGAUGAGCGAUCGCUCCUUUUUGCGGCCGCCGAUUAUUCAGAAGGUGAAUUAGUACGCGAACAAUUUUGCUUGAGAUUCAAAAACGCCGAUAUCGCCAACAAUUUCCUGCAAGCCGUCAACGAUGCCCUGCAAGGAACUACGAUCGCAAACAAAUCAAUUGGUAAAAGAUCGACGGAAAAAUCAGAAGACGAUGAUGUAGUAAUAGUGUCAGAGACGCAAGUAACCCCGGAGGAGGAACAAUUCGCUUUAAAAUUGGGUCUACCUCCGAAAUUCUUAUCGUACAAACAAUUACCCGACUGCAAAUGCGAACAGUGCAAGAAGGACGACGAAUAUUUAAAAGAUUUAUUCGCUAGUGAUACUUCGGUUAAUACAGCGAAAAAUUCAUUUAGUUUUUCUCCCAACACUGGCGGAUUUUUAUUGAAACCGGCCGUGCUUUCUCCCGCAAACGCUUUUGCAGCUGCCGCUAAAACCACCGUCUCCGAUACGAUAACGAAAUUUAGUUUCUCUCCCGCUACAGUCAAUCUAUUUGGUUCCAUUGCGACGACUUCGUCUGAUGUAUUUUCCUCUCCCGCAAUCUCUAUUUCAACCGGUUUGUUCUCGUCUCCUGCUGCUAAAACCACCGUUUCUGAUACGAUAACGAAAUUUAGUUUCUCUCCCGCUAAAAACAAUCUAUUUGGUUCCAUCGCGACGACUUCGUCUGAUAUAUUUUCGUCUCCCGCAAUCACUAUUUCCACCGGUUUGUUCUCGUCUCCUGCUGCUACAAGUGGUUUGUUUGCUUCACCUGCAAUUACAACGACCGCUUCUACUAUAUUUUCAUCUCCCGCCGUAACAACGACCGCUCCUCCUUUGUUUACGUCUUCCAUAACUCCCUCUUCGGGUCUAUUUACGGCUGGUUCCAUCGGAAAUAGUUUCAGUUCCAACAACAGCAUUUUCGGUAACUCCACCAGCAGUAAUUUCAGUUUCGGCGUAGCUGCUAAUAAUUUAUUCAACGCCCCUACGCCCGCGGCUAGUAAUACGAAUAUAUUUAGUUCGUUGGCAGCUAAAAAUAUCGCCGAAACCAAAGCAUUCGAGUCGGUAUUUAGCGGCUCGAAUAUCUCGAGGAAUAUUUUCGCGAAUAGCGGCGAUAAAAUUACAAUUACAGAGUUGGACGAUAACGAGGAGCCGAUUCUGAAGUGCGAUUCUGGAUUGUCGUUUGCUUCGUUGGCAGCUAAAGCGCCGGAGGAGGCUAAGCCGGUCUUCACCAAAAAAACUGAAAAUAACAGUUUCGCUUUCGUCGGAGCCGGAGCGCCGGUUUUCGGGUCGUUGAAAAACAAAUCGACGGGAACGGCGAAAGCUGAUACUUCACAAAACGAAGACGACACGGAAGACGGUCAGAAUACCGAAGAUUAUGAUCCACAUUACGAACCGAUCGUUCCGCUUCCCGAUCAAAUUGUCGUCACGACCGGCGAAGAAAACGAAGACGUUUUGUUCAACGAACGGGCGAAACUGUUCAGAUUCGACGCGAACACCGUGGAAUGGAAGGAGAGGGGCGUGGGACAAUUGAAAAUUUUACAACAUCGCGAAAAACAUACGUACCGACUGUUAUUGCGUCGCGAACAAGUUCACAAAAUCGUCCUGAACCAAUUGAUCACGGCGAAUUUCGAACUACAACCGAUGAUGACGUCCGAUAAGGCUUGGAUGUGGGCCGGCUACAACUACACCGAAGGCGAAAACGCUUUGGAAAAAUUGGCCGUACGCUUCAAGAACCAACAGCUCGCCAACCAAUUCAAAGUUAUGAUCGACGAGGCGAUAGGCAAGGUGCAGAAGAAGGAGCAGCAACAAGUGGUGGAGGUGCCCGUAUCGGUGCAGGAUUUCGAAAGCGUCGGCGAUAGCGCGAGCGUAGGCGUAGAAGAAGUGUAUUACAAAGACGAGUAUGAUGAGGAGUACGGCGAAGAGGAGGACGAGGACGAUGAGGAGGAGCGAUCGGUUAUGUUCAUGAAGGAGUGCACGCUGAGCGAAUUGCAGUCCGAUAAUGAGUGGCAGACGGUGGGGCAGGGCGAUUUGCAGGUUUAUUACGAUCCUGAGCUGUACGCAUGCAGGAUACAAGUCACCGAUACCGAAGGAAAAUUGUUGAGCCAUACCUUGAUAGGAUUUAAUACUAUAAUGGACCUCGACAAAAACGAAUGUACAUGGAAGGCGAUUGAAUGGGCAGAAAACGUGCAAUGGAGAAAUUUGAAAGCGACGUUCGACGACGAAGUCGCGGCGCAAGAAUUCCAUUCAAAUUACAUCGAGAGUCUGAAUUACGCCCAACAAGUCGGUUUAUUGGAUGAGUUGCCUCAAGAGGGCGAAGUGGAGGAUUAGACUUGUUAAUUAU